CAAAACUGACCAGCAGGUCUGUCACUUACGGCUGUUCUGAUGCUUUAUAUUCCAUAUAAUUAUGACAUUUAUGUUGUUCUUUUUUGUUUAAAUGUAGCAUUUACAAAAUAAGUAACUUUUGUUAUUUGAAACGUAAAGCAAAAAAAAAAAAAUAUAUAUAUAUAUAUAUAUAUGACAUGAUUCUAUUAUUUUGCUUGACCUUGUGGAGUCUGAUGGGUGUGUCUGGUGUUGAUGUAGUGAAGUCAGAGUCAGAGUCAGUGAUGGAGGGAGAUUCUGUCACUCUCAGGACCGAUGUUACUGAAAUACUGAAACAUGAAGAGAUCGAUUGGAGGUUUGGAAAAAUUCUCAUAGCUAACAUCAACAUGAAGGAGAAUAAGAGCACGCUUUAUAAUACCAGUGUUACUGAGAGAUUCAGAGGCAGACUGAAGCUGGAUCAGACUGGAUCUCUGAUCAUCAUGAACACCAGAACCACAGACUCUGGAGAAUAUAAAGUCACCAGCAUCAGCCGAGACACACCGCUCAUCACAUUCAAUCUUACUGUCUAUGCUCGUCUGCCUGUUCCUGUCAUCAGCAGUAACACUUCUCAAAAUUCAUCAUCAUCAGGAUCAUUGUCCGGUUGUGUGUUUGUGUGUUCAGUGGUGAAUGUGAGUGCUGUGACUCUCUCCUGGUACAAAGGAAACAGUUUAUUGUCCAGCAUCAGUGUGUCUGAUCUCAGCAGAAGACUUUCUUUACAUCUGGAGUGUCUAGAUGAUUUCUACAGCUGUGUGGUGAACAAUCCCAUCAGAAACCAGACCACACAUCUCAACACUCAACUCUGUCAGACAUGUUCAGAACACUGUAUCUGCUGUUGCGGUUCUGUUGAAGCUGUGAUCCGAUUGGCUCUCUCUGCUCUGGUGGGCGUGGCUACUGUUGCUAUGCUGAUUUAUGACAUCAGAUCCAGAAGUCUUCAACAGAAGAGAGAGCAGACUUCACCAUCAGACACUGAUUAAACAGAUACUCAGAAAUGUGGAGAUGUUCUUAAAUUACUAGACAUUGUUACAGGAAUAUAAUUUACUUUUUUUUUCUUUUUCUUGUUUAGUUUUCUUUUUUUUUUAUGUCGGUUGUGUGUGUAUAUCACUUUUCAUAAUACAAAUUUUGAAAUUCUGAAAUAAUGUUUUUCUGAAUACUGUUGUAAGAUGACUACAGACCCAAGACUGCUUCUCAGUUAGAAAAUGAUCUCUAAAUAUGUCUAAAUAAAAGCUUUAGGAAGCUUUUAUUUCAAAAGCUUGUUUGCUGACAUAUUGUUAAGUGUUGUAAGACUGUACUUUGUUUUAUUAGUUUACUAGAAUAUGAAAGAAUAGUGAUAUUACUAUCCCCAUUUCAUCACUUGUUAUUUUUAGACAACACAGAAUAAUGUGAUGAUAUAAAUAAAACAAUUGCCAUAAGCCAUGAUUUAUAUUCAGCUAAUACAAUUUGUGUGCUUUCUAGUAUAGGUAGCCUAAAUAUAUACAAAUGUGAACUUUAUCAUGUUGGUUUCUUUUUUCUUUUAAUGUUUUCUCAGACUUCAUAUUGAUUGUGUUGUUCUUAGUGUGAACAGACAGGCUUUAAUAAGUGGGAAUAUUUUCCUUUAAAUAGACAAACUAUUAUUUUUACAAAUUUUCAUUUCUUUUUAAGUGAAUAUACAUUUUCAAUAAUUGAUAUUU